AAUAUGAAAUAUGUUCAUCUUUGUGGUGCAAAGUCUGUGAAAAUCUAAGAUAGAUGAUGACCAUUAAUGUAAUGGUCAUUAGAACAUCUGUAAAACAAAGUAGUUUAAAGUCCCAGUGCUGUUGUACUCUAUAUCAGCACUCAUUGAAUGCCUCUUGUGCAAGAGUCUUGUGUUCAGAUUACUUGGUAGGAACUAACUGGCGCCUAACUAUUGAUUAGUCAGAGUAGCUCUCGAUAGUGUAACAUACCAGCUAUUUGAAUCCCUCACCCUUACAACAGUGAUUGACAGCAUAUCAGUCUUAAUCAUUGGGCACAGGGCAAACUAACUGGGUGAUUGCCCUAGACCAGCACGCAUAACACUUUCUAUUCCAGGCUAGCAACAAGUUUGGCUGUGAGCCAUCCUCAGACAUGGUACAGCUCAAUGCUAGCACUACUACUAGACUAGAGUGUAGCACAUAAUUUACAGCUGCAAUCAAAAUGAUUCAACCCCCAUUGCAAAUUAGGUUUAUUGGUAAAAUUUUUAAAGCUGUGUGCAAUAAUGAACAGUUUAAGUAAUUCAAUAAAACUACAUUAUUACAAGGGUUUGCUCCAAAUUCAUGACUACUGCAGUCUUAACCUGCAGCGUGUGGAGGGCAAGAUGGAUUCAAUAAAGUACAGGGUUCUCGCCAGCGCUUUAUAUGGUUGCGGCCCGCUACGCUAAAAUUUCAGACCGCAACGGCAAUUUCCCCCCCGUUACGUUAUUUUUAAUAUAGCGUAACGGCUGUUUUCAGUUUUCGUCACCAUCGUCAAAAGUUUUUUUUUUUUCCUGCGCACUUCAGCAGUUUUCAAGGUGUCAAAAUCAGCUGACGUUUGCUUGGUGCUGUCUUCCUACAAUGGUGUAGCCGACGUUUGAUGAACCUACACAUGCGUACUCUGCGCUGUUGAUUUUAGGUUGCUAGGAGACAGAUGCCUGGAAAUCAGUUCCCCGAGAGAAUGAGAGGGAAAAAAACGACAACUGAACUCCCGCUCGAUUCCCAGUGAUAGCUUUCUUUUGAGCUGGACUUUGAGCUGGACUUCGGUGAAUGUCAUAAUUAUAACAAUGAAUGACGGACCCCCUCGCAAAAAAAGAGACAUUCGUUCUUUCUUCAUGGUCAGAAAUGUAAGUGCACCAGUUAUACAUGCUUUCCAUCACGCUUGAAAACUUAACCAACACUUUGAUGAAUGGAAACGUCUACCUUGUAGGCAGGUUUAGCAAUGACAGGACGUAGGCCCUAUCGGAUGAUUUUUAGUGCUAAUUUAGGCUACUGGAUCCCACUGUGGCUGACAUUAACACACUAGUAAUCUGCCUGCAUGCCAUCCAUCAUUAUAUUUCUAUAAGGAGACAGACACAAGAGAGGUUGGAGCAGAUGAAGGAGGACAGGUCAUAGAAGGUAGUGGAAAGGAGAUAGGCGGAGAUAAACGAACAGAGGAUAGCGGAGGAGAACCCGCUGUUGGAGAUAGAGGAGGAGAUGGAGGAAGACAAGCAGAGGCUGGAAAUUCACAGGUGAGAAUGAGGUUAAUGAAAGAUAUUUUAGUCAUGGGAAUCAGCUCCAAUGUGGCAAACGUGAUCAAGCCCAGGGCGCAAAUGUGGCCAGGACCGGCGCUGAUCAAGCCCAUAUGGCUUUUAAUCGGAGAAUUAACAGUGGUUACAAUCAAAGUUACUCCCGUGUAAACAGAAGACGGCGAACCAAAAAAGGAGAAAAUCGGGAAUCGACCCGUUGUGGAAACAAGAAUUUCCCUGGAUGGAAGUGUCGUCGGAUGGAACCGGGAUGUUUUGCACCUACUGUCAAGACCAUCCGCCACCAAAGACAAGAGGUGUAAGUGUCUGGAUGGAUGUGCCAUGCACAACUAUCAUCAAGCACAGUCUGGUCAGGCAUGAGACCUUACAGGGUCACACGGAGGCCAAGGCCAGGUUUGACUCUGCCAAGGCUGCAGAGAGGACUGGUGGCAUCGCCCAGGCCAUGAAGAAGCAGGUGAAUCUGGAGAGGUCGGCAUUCUUGGCAGCAUUAAGGGCCAUGUAUUGGCUAACAACAAAUGAGAUCCCACACACCACUAACUUCUCCAGCCUUCUCGACAUGAUGAGAGGACUUGGGCUAUCUUAUCUUUCUCAUCUGAACAAGGCUGGAAAUGCACAUUAUACAUCAGAGGAGAUCAUGCAAGAGAUGGUGCAAGUUCUAUCUGAUGAGCCCAGACAGCACAUCUUCAAUUCGAUGAGAAAAAGCCGGUACUUUAGUCUUCUAAUCGACGAGACAACUGACAUCGCAGUUGCAAAGCAACUAAUUAUCUAUGGUCGAUACCUCACAGAGACACACGAGGUGAGAACGUCAUUCCUAGCCAUCCAAGACAUUGCUGAUGGCCAAGCAAUCACAAUUGUGGCUGCCAUCAAGGCGUUCCUGAGCUCUGCGGACUUGGACAUCAACAAGAUGGCAGGGUUUGGUUCGGAUGGUGCAGCUGUCAUGGUUGGCCGAAGAAAUGGAGUUGCUGCAAAACUAAGAGGUGACAACCAGAAAUUGGUUAACAUCCAUUGUAUAGCACACCGGCUGGCUCUGGCAUCUGCGCAGGCAGCAGAUGGAAUAACGUACCUCAUGAAAUUUAAGGACCUCAUAGGACAACUCUACAGAUUCUACGAAUUCUCCCCUGUGCGGACCGCUGGGCUUAAGAAUAUUCAGGAUGUCCUCAACUCCCGGGUGAAGUUGGUGCAGGCAAAGGAUGUGCGCUGGUUGUCACAUAACCAAGCAGUGAUUGCCCUGAAGAGGACAUAUGCGGCCGUGGUAACAAGCCUGGAGCACGAGGCAACGGAGAGGAACGAAGCCACGGCAAGGGGGCUGGCAACAUUCCUCACGACGUUCCAGUUCACCGCCACAUUACUCAUGCUAUGCGACUGUUUCAGAGAACUGAAGUUGACUUCACUCAUAUAGAUGCCAAUGUAACUGCCACCAUUGAGGCCUUGAGGACGCUGAAAUCAACACCUGGCAGCAACUUCAGGGACCUGGACCAGUUUUUGAAGGACAGCUCCACCGUUGCCAACAUCCGAUACA